UCAACUUAGAUCACAAGGACCAUAACGUCUACCUAUUAGCAAAUUGAUAUUGUGUUGUGGUUGUUGGUGGGACUCUCGUUUGGAAUAUAACUGUCACAGCCAUUACGACCAUUAACGAGUUGAUGAAAUUGCUCCAAAGUUCUUGUAAAGUGAAAGAAGUACAGUUUAUGAGAGAUUACAAUCGUACCUGUAAGAAAGAGUGGCCGGUUAUCGUCGAACCUGUAAACUAGAGUGGCCAUGGUGGUGGUGUUUUGGACAUAACAUCGGGUUGCAACGACGAUCGAUAUUCGGUGAGUGGUGGUGCUUGGACGGGGGACACAAACUACAACCGGACUCCAUUUUGGACUAAUAAGUUCUGCUUUCACGGUAAAACUCUAAGAAACCAAGAUGCUACACGUCUAGAUAAGAGUCCAGCAAGGCACAUUAGUGGUAGUAACAACUUCAAUUCAGCUGUUGGUUGCAAUUGUUUUAGACUGAGAUGAAACAGACCAAUGGGAGCGGGCUGGAGUUAACCCUCUUAAAAUGGCGGCGCUAAGACUCAAGACAUCGGCGUUGAAUGAUAAACUGAUUCCUAUCGUGAAGAGGUGAUAGGUUAAAAUCCCUUCGUCUUGGGAACAACUUGCAGUUCCAUCUGAAGGGAUGAUACAUACCAAAAACAGCAAAAUGACCGACAAAAGUCCGAAUCCGAACUUUAAAGCGCUCACAAAAGAAGCGCUGGUGAACCUGAAGUUGAAGGGCAGUGCGAAUAAUGCACAGCCCACGGCAGAGCGGGCUUUUAGCCGGCUCAGCCUGAUGUCGGAAAUGGAAGAGGAAGAGGUUGAGACCGGGAAAGUUUAUGAUACGGAUCUGGCGGAUGGUAAAGAUUUACCGGAGUCGCUCGGAACAUUCCCAAAGUCUCUUUAUGGGAAGCCGAUUGAGGAGCUGGAUGCAGUGCGACAUGAUGAACAGACAUUCUGUGUGGUUGGCAAGCGAUUCGGCAAGAGUAGCCUGUUCCGACUUAGCAGUACCGAGUCAUGUUUCCUCCUCUCUCCUCUAAACCCCAUCAGGAAGUUCAUGCUCUACGUCCUCACCAACCAAUUUUUUGAUGUCUUCGUGAUCCUGACUAUAUUAGUCAACUGCGUCUUCCUGGCAUUAGAUGCACCCAAGUUUGAUCCAAACGCAGAAGAUUCGGUGCUGUUAGCAGUAGCAGAAUAUGUCUUUACUGGAAUAUACACAGUAGAAAUGGUUGUUAAGAUAAUCGCCAGAGGUUUUAUUUUACAAAAGAAAACCUACCUACGAGAUCCAUGGAACUGGCUGGACUUCUCAGUUAUCGUUUUAGCAUAUGUCACAUUCAUUUUAGAGUUUGGAGGAGUACCAGUCGGAAAUCUCUCUGGUAUUCGGACAUUCAGGGUUCUGAGAGCUUUUAAAACAAUAUCGGUCAUACCAGGUUUGAAAAGUAUAAUCAACGCUCUACUUCGAUCAGCCAAGAUGUUGGGUGAAGUCUUCUUACUGACUGUUUUCGUUCUAGCCAUCUUCGCCCUGGUCUCCUUGCAAUUGUACAUGGGCGUCUUGAGACAGAAGUGUGUCCUGAAUAUCAAUAUAACUGCAAUUAAUGAAACGGAGGAGUUUUAUUAUAACUUCAUCCAGAAUGAAACCCAUUGGAAAUAUUGGAAUGACGAGCCCCUUGUUUGCAAUAAUAUCACCGGUGUGAGUACAUGCAUGGGUGACACGAACUACACGUGUCUUCCAGACAUCGGAAAAAACCCGAAUGGUCAAUAUGGCUACACUAGUUUUGAUAACAUCGGCUGGGCAAUGUUGACUUGUUUCCAAAUAUUCACUCUCGACUUCUGGGAAAACACUUAUAACUUGGUUAUCGCAGCUAUGGGUGGUUGGAGUGUUGUCUUCUUCUUCCUAGCCGUGAUGUUGGGAUCCUUCUAUUUGAUCAAUCUUAUGCUCGCUGUUGUCUUCCUUGCAUACACAGAGGAGAUGGAGAACCAGGGCAAGGAAAAGGAGAAGAAGGCCCAGCAAAUCCGAGAAAACAUCUUUAACAUGGAUGCGGAAAAACUGAAGAGGUUGGCCGAGAAGAAACGGAGGAGGAAAGAGAGGCGAGAUCAGAUGAGAAAGCUUCAGCUUCAGAAUCUUGAGAAAAUCGAAGGAGGAGGGGGCGGGGCGGAGGCAAAUGAUAACGAGGGAUUCAAUGCAAAUGAGAAGAUGGAUAAUGACAGUGAUAACACCUCCAAAAUGUCACAGGAUGAAAUUAAAGCUGACACUAUUGAUGAUGAUAAGAAUGAUGACGACAAAUCUGCUGAUGUGAGCAAAGACGAUUCUAAGAGUCAGAAUGGUAGCGAAGAUGGAAGCAAUGUCAUCAUGAAUAACCCUGAUGACACCGACGAUGGUAGUGACCUGCCAGUGCCAUGUUGUCCAUACAAAAGCUGUUGUGUCUGCUGCUUAACAUGCUGUGUAUGUCCACGUGGUAUUUACCGCAACCUCAGGAAAGGGCAAUAUUACUGCGCCUUGUUCGUCUUAGAUCCACUGAUGGACUUAUUCAUUACGCUCUGUAUCCUUCUAAAUACAGUCUUCCUUAUGUUGGAUCACCACAACAUUAAUGCUGAAAUGGACAAUGUGUUGGACAUUGGCAACAAGGUUUUCACGGUGAUAUUCACCAUCGAGUGUGGCCUCAAGCUGAUUGCUCUAGAAGUGAAGUUCUUCAAGGGAGGAUGGAACGUCUUCGAUCUCGUCAUUGUCAUAUUCAGCUUGAUGGAUUUGUUUCUCUCCAGUAUUCCGGGUUUAUCAGUGUUGAGAACUUUUAGACUGUUGCGAAUCUUGAAACUUGCUCAAUCCUGGACCACGAUGCGUAUGCUGAUCAUGAUCAUCGGUAAUACCAUCGGUGCCCUUGGUAAUGUCAGCUUAGUCCUGCUUAUUAUCAUCUACGUCUUUGCCGUCAUGGGGAUGCAGUUAUUCGGUGCAAACUACACAGAGGCGAACUUCAACGGGGAGAUACCAAGGUGGCAUUUUCGGGAUAUCUAUCACUCGCUGUUGCUGAUAUUUCGUAUCCUGUGUGGGGAAUGGAUCGAGCCGAUGUACGAGUGCAUGGAUUGUUCUGAUGCUGCGGUGUGCAUUAUUAUCUUCAUCUCGUCCUUCAUUGUGGGAAACAUCAUGAUUCUGAAUCUCUUCUUGGCGUUAUUGAUCAACGCAUUCGCUUCGGAUUCACUGAAGAAGAAAGAUGAAGAGGAAAACCGCAUUGGUUUGGCCAUCGCCAAGCUCAAACGCUUUGCAAUAUUUAUAUUCUGUUGUUGUUGCAAGGAAUUCCGCAGACCAAGCAAAAUUGGAGUCGAGGGGUCGAAAGAUGAUGCUAUGAUCGAGGCAAAGGGCGAGAACGGUACAGACAAUACAAGGAAAGCUAGUGUCACCAAAUUCAUGGUUGUUGAUGAAGAUGACAGGAUCUCACAGAUCAGUUUGGAUAAUGGAGGGCAACAUUACAAAAGUAACGGUUUGGAACUGACGCCCGUCCGUCACAGGAACUCGUUGGUAUCCAUUAUCCAUCAGCCAAACGGUUCCUUACAUGAUGGAUCUAUAUACAAUGGUUCGAUACAUAGAGUAUCCGUGGGUAAUGGAGGCAUGUUGAAUGGACUGAUGCAACCAUCUUCACGUGCUCAUUCUCCAGUCCCUAUUGGUAAUGCCCUGAUGCCGAAUGGAUUGUACAGUAACGGACCGAGCAGGAAUGGUAGCGCCAGAAGCAUUAAGCGGCCCAUGUCCCACACAAUCUACUCUUCGAUCGCCAACCUUCAAGUGGACAACAUGCGAGACAACCCCAGCAUGCCAGCCGUCCGGAACACCGACUCCGAAACAGGCGAGCAGGAGUCAAGUAAGAUAGUUCCGGACCAAGCAGUGGAAGUCCGGAUCAAGAGCGCCGCAACCCAGCGUGGAGAUGAAGCACUGGUCGAAGCCGGUAUCAUUGAAGAUCCGGUUCACGAUUGCUUCCCUAAGAAGUGUGACUUAUGGUGCAUUCGUAAGUGCACCUGUACUUUCUGUACGGAUCCGGAUAAUUCCAGAGCAUUCUUCUGUUGGAGGAAGUUCCGAGAGACAAUGUGUACGAUCAUCGAGAACCGGGUCUUCGAGGGAUUUAUUCUGUUAGCUAUUUGUGCAAGUAGCAUCACACUGACAUUUGAAGACAUCAAUCUGCCAGGCAAUUUAGUGCUGCAAGAAAUCUUGGCAAUUAGCAACAUCGUUUUUUGUGUAAUCUUUGUGUUCGAAAUGCUGAUGAAAUGGAUAGGAAUGGGGUUCGUCAAGUAUUUCACCAGCUUCUGGUGUUGGUUGGAUUUCAUUGUUGUGAUUGUUGCUGUGGUGAGUCUAAUUGGGGAUUCCUUAGGUCUCUCUGGUGUUUCUGCAUUCAAGGUCCUCCGUACACUUCGAGCACUGCGCCCUCUACGAGCUAUCUCCCGCUGGCAGGGCAUGAAGAUUGUGGUGAAUGCUGUCGCUCACGCCAUUCCAGCUAUCUUCAACGUGGUAGUGGUGUGUGUAGUCUUCUGGCUUAUCUUUAGUAUCAUGGGCGUGCAAUUCUUCAAAGGCUCUUUCUCUAAAUGCGUUGACGAGAAUGACGAGUUGCUGCCCAUUACGAUCGUCAACAACUUCACAGAUUGUAUCAAUCUUAACUACACGUGGAAGGUAGCAAAGGUCAACUUUGACAACAUCUUUAGCGGUUACCUCGCCCUCUUUCAAGUGGCAACAUUUGAAGGCUGGUUGGAGGUGAUCCAAGCCAGUGUAGAUAGCAGAGGGCCAGAUAUGCAACCUUCCUACGAAGCAUCACCAAUUGCUUAUAUCUUCUUCGUUGUUUUCAUCAUAUUCGGUGCUUUCUUCACACUUAACCUCUUCAUCGGUGUCAUCAUUGAUAACUUCAACGAGCUAAAACGAAAGUAUGAAGGUGACAGUUCCUUCGGAAUGUUUCUUACUAGCAAUCAGAAGAAUUACUAUCAGACUAUGAGGCGUCUUGGUGUCCAGAAGCCUACAAAGCAGAUCAAACAGCCAACGAACAAAAUCCAAGAGUUUUUCUUCAAACUGACCAGCAGCACCAAGUUUGAGAUAGUUAUUGUCUCGAUCAUCUUUGCUAACAUGAUCGCCAUGACGGUGGAGCACUACAAACAGUCGCAAGAGUUUACUAAUGUGCUGAAGGUUUUCAACAUUGUCUUCACUGUAAUCUUCACAUUCGAGAUGAUACUGAAGUGGAUUGGAUAUCGUCUUCAUUACUUCAGGAUACCUUGGAAUGUCUUUGACUUCAUUGUGGUCACCUUUUCAUUACUUGGAAUUCUACUCGAUGAUGUGUUGUCAUCAUCAUUCAUCAAUCCUACAAUCCUCCGAGUCUUCCGGCUCAUCCGGAUCGGUCGGAUUCUUCGUCUCAUCAAGUCUGCCAAGGGGAUCCGGAAACUUCUGUUUGCCCUCGCCGUCUCGAUGCCCGCUCUAGUCAACAUCGGAGCCCUACUCUUCAUGAUCAUCUUUAUCUUCUCCAUCAUCGGAAUGGCGCAGUUUGCCUACGUGAAAAAACAAGGCGCCAUAGAUGAUACCGUUAAUUUUGAAACCUGGCUGAACAGCAUGAUGUUGCUGUUCCGGUUUGCGACUUCAGCCGGAUGGAACGACGUCCUGGAUCCGUUGAUGACAGCCCCCCCGGAAUGUGAUCCAACUUACAUGGAUCUCCCCAAUGGCAACUGUGGUAACUACAUAUUUGCCGCCUUGUUUUGUUUCUUAUUUCUGGUCAUGACUUUCUUGGUGAUAGUCAACGUGUACGUGGCUGUGAUUCUGGAGAAUUUCAGUCAGGCCCACGCUCAGGAAGAAGUGGGAAUUACCGAAGAUGACUUUGGGAUGUUUUAUCAAGUGUGGCAGAAAUUUGACCCGAAUGCUACACAGUUCAUAAUGUAUGAGCAGCUUUCCACAUUCUGUGAUACAUUGGAACACCCAUUGCGUCUAGAGAAGCCUAACAAUAUCAAAAUAGCCGGGCUAGAAUUGCCAAUCUAUGAUGACAUAAAACUGCAUUGUCUGGACGUGCUCUUUGCCCUAACUAAAAGAGUUCUCGGCGAUGUCGAAGAAAGUGAGGAAUUUAAAGAGUUACAGGCACAAAUGUCCAUCAAAUUUAAGGAAUCAUUUCCUGAUAGGGGAGCAACUGAACCUACUACAACCACCCUUCAGAUUAAAAAGAGGGGCACGGCUGCCAAGAAGAUACAAAGAGCGUUUCGGAGAUACAGACUCAUGGUUGAGAUGCGCAAGGCAUCCACUGCCUACCGGAAUCAGCAGAGCCUUGAAGGCUCCAGGCGAAACUCUAUCAACCCGGACCUGGAUAGUAGCAUGACCAGCCAGACAUUUGGGCAAACCCUUACUAUACCCAGCGGAUAUGGCGUUGAUAGGAGUGCCACCCCUACGAUUCCAGAGCAGUCGUAUAAAUCAGACAAUGAGGCGUAUCGCGUUGAUAAUGAUGGUGAUGACGUACCAACAAUUGAUGCGUCAGAAGAGAUCAGAGGCAAUGACCGGGAUGUCAUGGUAUAGAACUGAGGGUUGCAUUUUCUGUAUAAAAGAGGUUGGCAAACGAGGGCAAUUUUUUUUAAGGGGGUGUACCACUUUAAUGUAUCGAGCUAUUCGGUUGUCAAUUUUAUUCGAUCGCAUAGCCAUUACUAGGGCCGAACUCGGCACGAGCCGUUGUUGUGACCACGGGUUUUUGCGAUGUUAAACAUUCCAGGGGGCACGGGGACAGUUAUCCUAACCUUAAACCAUGCAGUUCAAGUUUUGUAACAUUUAUUUUUAAUGGAAAACUUUAUGGAUGCAAUUUUAUAAACUAUUACCUGGACAAUCAUAAGGAUCUAUUAAUAUCUUCCCAAAAUUAAAAAUUGCCAAUUUUAAAUAACAACAACAAAUUUGCCGGUGCUCGAUCUUUACAUAGACUUUAAAGGAACACGUCGCCUUAGAUCGGUCGAGUUGGUCUUUGAAAAGCGUUUGUAACCAUUCCUUU